CUCGGCCUGACUCACCUAUUGGCCAAUUCAUUGUAAACCAAUAAUACAGUUUAUAUAUAACAGCUGUUUUACCAAGUAUUUUAUUAUUUAUUAUAGUAAUUAGCAGUAUCCUGUAUACUACAUAGUCGUGGUCAGCUUCCCUUAGGUACCUGAUAUUUAAGUCGAAUUAUACCCCCUGUCACAACUCAGUAUAUAAUGGAUAGCGAUACCGAGAGCGAGAGUAGCUUCGAGCUACCUGACGAUAACUCUCGCGACGGCGGAAACGGCGGUAUCACUCCGAUCAGCCUCACGCGAGCACAAGCCCUGAAUCUAUACGUCAGCCAUGCUUUCUCGACUUGGAACGCUCGUGGUUAUGAGUUCGCCGCAAUCCUCUUCACGGCGGCCGCAUAUCCUGAUACCCUUGUAGCGGCUGCGUUACGCAUGAUCAUCGUAUACUUUGCCAUGAUCUUGUUCUCCAGCUCGGUUGGGCAAUGGGUCGAGAAGUCUCCCAGUAGGCUCCGCACCUUACUCUGGACUAUCGUUUGCAAUCGCGGCUCAGUUAUCCUCGGCUCCUUUUUCUGGAUCCUGAUAUUGAGUCAAGAGGACUUGGUAGGACGUCAAGCAACCUUUGUGUUACCUACAAAUGCUCUCCUCAAGGGUAUAGGGUUUGCUAUCGCGGUGACGUUGGGUAUUAUCGAGCGUUUGAGCGCGUCGGGGAACCUCAUCUCGAUGGAGCGAGAUUGGGUCGUCACCGUUGCUGCUCCUGCUGGUAACCCCUACGACCUUACUCAUCUAAAUGCUGUUAUGAGGAGGAUUGAUCUUGUCUGCAAACUAAUAUCGCCUAUCUUAACUUCGGCUGUUAUCUCAGCCCUUGGAUCGAUCCGGCUGGGUGUUGUAUUUACGGGACUUACUAGUCUUAUUAGCAUCCCAAUCGAAGUCUUCUCUGCGAGGCGAGUGUGGAAUAGCAGCCCCUUGCUACAAGCACCACGUGCAGUACCUACCUCACAGCCAGCCGUGGUAACGCAAGAAACGUCAAGAUCGUGGAUAUCGAGGACUCGGCAGUACUUUCAUGGCUUCGAAAUGUACUUCAGCACCUCCGUCUGGGUCCCGUCUGUCGCAUUAGCGCUUCUACAUUUUAAUAUGCUGACCUGGAGAGCCACCUUCGUCACCUAUCUAAUCAAUAUAGGCUACUCGCUCAAUAUAAUUACACUCGCCAGGGCUAUCGGUUCUGUAUUCGAGAUAAGUAGUACGGUUAUCACUCCCCGAGGUAUCGAUUACAUGGGAAAGACGCAUCAUCACGCUUCUACCCCCCCUAUAGACGAAGACGACGAGUCAGGGGUUCGCUUGAUCGCCGGUGAUCAGGAGGGAAGCCGGGAUGUCCAAACCUUGAUAGGAUUGCAACGGGUUGGGCUCUGGGGUAUGACUUGGCAGAUAAUAAAUACCGUACCGGUUGUUCUAGCUUUGUGGGCAAUCUCAGUACAGCAAGACGAGGCAGAGAACCUAUUUGAUGUUAUCCGGAGGGUUAUCAAUGAAAAGGUUCCACCCAAUGCAGGUUGGAGUGUCAUCUUAUUCUCAUUCCUGGCCUUCUCGCGGCUCGGCGUAUGGGUCUUUGACCUUACUACCCAGCAAUUGACGCAGACACUUGUCCCGGAACACCAACGGUCGAGUUUUGCGGGCACAGAGAGCUCGGUCGUGAACAUAUUCGAGCUCCUCGGCGCCGGUGCGGCCAUAGCUUUCCCUCGUACGGAGCAGUACAGGUGGCUAGCGUUGGCGAGCCUCGUGUCUGUGCUAAUUAGCUGGAUCAUGUACGCCGGUUGGGUCCGUCGACAGAGAGGACACCUGAUUCAUUGGGAGAAGCUAGCCCAGGGGCUAUGCGUCAAUGAACGGGGUUGGUGAAUGGUCGAGGGGUAGAUAGGGGGGG